ACGUGGCGCCGGCGGUCGCUCGGCCGAGGCUGCGGCGCGGGGACCGCACGAUCCCGCGUCCGCCUCCGCGCGCCGCGGCCCUGGGCUGUGGCGGGAGGGAAGAUGCCGCAGCCCGAGCGUCGGAAGGCCGCGGCCCUGGGCCGCGCGCGUCGCGGAAACUGAAAAUGGCCCUUCAGCUAUGCUAGGUCUAUAAUGGGAAGUGUCACACUUCGAUAUUUCUGUUAUGGGUGCCUCUUUACAUCUGCGACCUGGACAGUUUUGCUCUUUGUUUACUUUAACUUCAGUGAAGUGACUCAGCCACUUAAGAAUGUGCCCAUCAAGGGGUCUGGGCCCCACGGACCAUUUCCCAAAAAAUUCUACCCCCGUUUCACGCGAGGUCCAAGUCGGGUGUUAGAGCCACAGUUCAAAGCAAACAGAAUUGGUGAUGUGCUUGGUAAUGGCAUUGAAGAUCCAGAAAAAGGCCACCCAAAAUUCUCUUCUGAAUUGGGUAUGAUUUUCAGUGAGCGUGAUCAGGAGCUGAGAGACCUGGGCUAUCAGAAGCACGCCUUUAACAUGCUCAUUUCCAACCGCCUGGGCUACCACAGAGAUGUGCCUGACACCAGGGACGCUGCAUGUAAAGAAAAGUCUUACCCUGUUGACCUGCCAGUCGCUAGUGUUGUCAUUUGUUUCUACAAUGAAGCUUUUUCUGCCUUGCUCCGGACAGUGCACAGUGUGGUGGACCGCACGCCAGCGCACCUUCUGCAUGAAAUCAUCCUUGUGGACGAUGACAGCAACUUUGAUGAUUUAAAAGGAGAAUUAGAUGACUAUGUUCAGAAAUACCUCCCUGGAAAAAUUAAAGUCAUAAGAAAUACAAAGCGUGAGGGAUUGAUUCGAGGACGGAUGAUCGGUGCAGCACAGGCCACAGGAGAAGUGCUUGUGUUCCUGGACAGCCACUGUGAAGUCAAUGUGAUGUGGCUGCAGCCCUUGCUGGCUGUCAUCCGCGGGGACCCACACACUGUGGUUUGCCCGGUGAUUGACAUCAUCAGCGCAGACACACUCGCUUACAGCUCGUCCCCGGUGGUGCGUGGAGGGUUCAACUGGGGCCUGCAUUUCAAGUGGGAUCUGGUCCCCCUUGCUGAGCUGGGCGGGGCAGAUGGAGCCACUGCGCCAAUAAGGUCGCCUACAAUGGCAGGAGGAUUGUUUGCCAUGAACAGACAGUACUUCAAUGAGCUUGGACAGUAUGACAGUGGCAUGGAUAUCUGGGGAGGAGAAAAUCUGGAAAUAUCAUUUCGGAUCUGGAUGUGUGGCGGCAAGCUCUUCAUCAUCCCUUGCUCCAGAGUGGGACACAUUUUCCGAAAAAGGCGACCCUACGGGUCUCCUGAAGGCCAGGACACCAUGACGCACAACUCUCUGCGGCUGGCACACGUCUGGCUGGAUGAGUACAAGGAGCAGUACUUCUCAUUAAGACCUGAUCUGAAGACCAGAAGCUAUGGAAAUAUCAGCGAGCGCGUGGAGCUGAGGAAGAAGUUGGGCUGUCAGUCGUUUAGAUGGUACUUGGACAAUGUCUACCCAGAGAUGCAGAUGCCUGGGCCCAAUGCCAAGGCCCAGCAACCCAUUUUCAUCAACAGAGGGCCCAAACGCCCCCGAGUCCUUCAGCGAGGCAGGCUCUACCACUUCCAGACCAAUAAAUGUCUGGUGGCCCAGGGCCGCCCAAGCCAGAAGGGUGGCCUGGUAGUGCUUAAGGCCUGCGACUACCGGGACCCGACUCAGAUCUGGAUUUAUAAUGAAGAGCACGAAUUGGUUUUAAAUAACCUCCUUUGUCUAGACAUGUCAGAAACUCGCUCAUCAGACCCACCACGACUCAUGAAGUGCCACGGGUCAGGCGGAUCCCAGCAGUGGACCUUUGGGAAAAACAGCUGGCUGUACCAGGUGUCGGUUGGACAGUGCCUGAGCGUGGUGGAUCCCCUGGGUCAGAAAGGCUCUGUUGCCAUGGCGAUCUGUGACGGCUCCUCCUCACAGCAGUGGCACCUGGAAGGGUGAGGUGGCACCAUGUCAGUCUCUGCCAGGCCAGCCCUGUAGUCCUGCUGGUGGAAGGCGGCCAUCUGCAGGUGACCAGGAGUUCCCACUGAGACAUCGAGGCCCCUCUGAGCUGCUUUCAAGGCAUCUGUUGCACUUGGAGGGCCCACAGGGCAGAUCCCGGUGGGUGGACAUUCUGUUUCUGUGAUCGUGCUUCAACCCCUUGGUGAUGGAACUUGUCAUGAUUUCCCUUCUCACAGGACCUCAUUCUGUUAUCAUUUAAUACAUUCUAAAUCGUUUGAUGAAGCUGGUUGAGUCCACAAUUGCUUUUAGCUUCAGAAGGCAUUUAUAAUAUUUAAGAGGCAGUCAACUAUUAUAAAUUAUUUUGAUGACUUAUGACACUGUCCCCAUUUAAAAUAAAGGAUCUUUUUGAUUAUUUAA